AUGGAAAGUAGAUCGCAUUACCUACGUGGUACUUUGGAGAAUAUUCCYGAGGCCAGAGGUGUACGGCGUAAAUUGAACCAUGUGGAAAUAUCCAUCAGUGAAGAAUGCAGCAUCUACCGGAUUUCCAAACUAUUACACAACAUUAAUGAUAAGGCGUAUACGCCUCAAGCCAUUUCCAUCGGUCCUUUUCACCAUGGUCGACAAGAGUUGAUGGCCAUGGAACGACUUAAACUCACCUUUCUCGAUUGUUAUCUAAGCCAGGUAGGAAUGGAAUUUGAUGCUGCAUUUGAAAUUGCUCGAGGUUGGGAGGCCCGAGCCCGGCAGUGCUAUGCAGAACCCAUAAACAUGAACAGCGCUGACUUUGUCAAACUGUUGCUUGUGGAUGCUGCUUUCUUAGUGAUGAUAGUGGAUGUCGUCGAAUCCGGAACUGCAUUAUUCAAAGCCAUACGUAUUGACAUAUAUCGUGACCUUAUACUCCUUGAGAAUCAACUUCCUUUCUUCAUUCUUGUAUCUCUAUUCGAAAAAUGUACGAAUUCCAUUCCCUUUGUAGUUUUUGCAAGAAACUUCUGCAGAUGGUAUAUGGGAGCGCGUGAGCUUAUUCCCGAUGGGCUGCUAGCCAGAAAACCAAACCACUUGGUUGAUUUUUUAAGUUUUUACUAUGCCCUUCCCAUAGCGACCGAAAACAAUGACCAUCACAAGAACGAGAACAAGAAAUUGGUGAAUCCCCCAACUGCAACCGAGCUUUGGGAGGCUGGUGUUAGGUUCCAAAAAGCAGCCGAAGACAAACUCAUUAUGGACAUACAUUUCCAAGAGGAAGAGGGUGUUCUUGCAAUCCCUCAUCUUGAAAUUCAUGACGCCUUUGAAACCUACAUGCGGAACCUGUUGGCGUAUGAGCAUUACCACGUAGGGGACGAUGAGAGGUGCAUUAUCCAAUAUAUUUUAUUUUUGGAUGAUUUGAUAAGCACAGAGAGAGACGUAAGUUUACUUGUGAAGGCAGGAAUCAUCACCAACGGUAUUGGUGGUAAUGAUGAAGAAGUUUCCAAAAUGUUUAACAAUCUCUGCAAAGAUGUCAGCGUUUAUUGUGAUUUUUACUACUACAACCAAAUCAGCAUGACUUUACGUAAGUACUGUGAGACACCGUGGCACCGAUGGAGGGCUUCACUGAAACGUGACUAUUUCAAUAGUCCAUGGACUUCUAUCUCCUUCCUUGCUGCAACCGUCGCCAUUCUCCUCACUGUCGUGCAAACCGUCUACUCUGUUAUAUCAAAGUAAUUAUUUGUUUUUGUUCUACUGUGAGUUGUUUCUUCUUUUCAGUGGGGCUCAUAAUCUAUU